AACUUUCAGAGGACCAAACGGGGCAGUUAUCAAACACACUUGGCUGGGCAUGAUCACACAUCACGUAUCCAUCCAGUGGUUAUAUGAGCUGCUGCAGCAGACUUGUAUAACAAAUUCAGAAACUCCAAAAUGUGAACUCCUCCUCCUCUUCAUCAUCAUCAUCUCACUGGGCGCAUCUGCAGGCUGCAGGAGCAGAGCGAUAUGAGUUUACACGGAUACAUUUAACCUUUCCUCUCUGCUCCUCAUUGGAUAUCCUUCAAAUAGAGAUGAAGGAUAUUUAGCUUAAAGACAAGUGGCAACGCCGGCUUUUGAAAUAUCCUCUUUGUCACGUUAAAAUCACUUUUAAUUAACUUCAAAAUGGGAUUACGCAUAUUUGGCACGCCACUUUACGCAUAUGCGUGCGUCUAUUUUUUUGUUUUCUUCCUGCAAGCUGCCCAGUCUCAGACAAAUCCGGGGACACAACAAGGAAAUCAGCAAAGAGCUGCUGGUCUCCGGCAGACGCUACAGUGGUCACACAACGGCAAGAUUUUUAGCAUUUUAAGCCAGGGCUCGGAGUAUCAGCCACCGAGGCGCAGGGGCGCACCUCAGGAGCAAGUGCAGGCGCGACCUGUCACCAUCAUCCGUGAUGCGGACGCCAAACAUCCGGACACCUCGAGCCCGCCGGUGGCCCAGCAGCAACCGGCAUCCAACCCGCGCGGGCUCCCGCCUCCGCUCCAAAGGCUCGUGAGAGGGCACGAGCACCGCCAGCAUCACCAAGAACGCACCGGGACGCAGAGGAGCAGCAAUGAGACGCAGGAAAAGCUCACUGUCAGUCCGCCUCAGGCCCGGAGAGAAGACAUGAUGGCGGCUGAUGAUCCCUACGACCCCUACAAGUCCACUGAUGAUAAUCCCUAUUACAAUUAUUAUGACGUCUACGAGAGACCGAGGCCGAGAUCGAGACCCGGAUAUGGCACAAGGUACCAUCAGUACGGUCUGCCUGAUCUUGUACCUGACCCAUACUACAUUCAAGCUUCUGCUUAUGCCCAGAGAGUCCCAAUGUACAACCUGAGAUGUGCUGCUGAGGAGAACUGUUUGUCAAGCUCAGCCUACACAGGCAGCACCAGAGACUACGACACCCGUAUGCUGCUGAGGUUUCCUCAGAAAGUCAAGAACCAGGGGACGGCGGACUUCCUCCCCAGCAGGCCACGUUACUCCUGGGAGUGGCACAGCUGUCACCAGCACUUCCACAGCAUGGAUGAGUUCAGCCACUAUGACCUGCUGGAUGCCUCCACUCACCACUCGGUGGCUGAGGGCCACAAGGCCAGCUUCUGCCUGGAAGACACGUCCUGCGACUACGGCUACUAUAGGCGAUUUGCCUGCACCUCACAUACUCAGGGCCUGAGCCCAGGAUGUUAUGAUACCUACAACGCAGACAUCGACUGUCAGUGGAUUGACAUCACAGAUGUGAAACCUGGAAACUAUAUUCUCAAGAUCAGUGUAAAUCCAAACUAUCACGUCCCAGAAUCAGACUACAGCAACAACGUUGUUCGCUGUGACGUUCGCUACACUGGCAACUACGCCUACGUGUCAGGGUGUCAUCUGUCAUCGUAUUAAGAGAUAACAGUCAUUCUCAGCAAUUGAGCAGAAUGUGCUGUUAAUGACAAUGCAGAGGACUGCAUAUAAAAACAUAUAAAACAUCAUGAUGAAUAAAUUGUUAGACAUACAUUUUAUCAUUUCAAAUACUAUAGAAAUAAAAUGAAAGUAGGAAUCUUCUGAAAACAUAGUGCAAUGUUGAAUUCUUAUUUGCUUCUGAUAGUAUAUUCUUAUGUUUCUUUAUUCUCUUCUUCUGCAUUGUACUGUAUGCUUGUGUUUUAUACCACUUGUAAGAUAGUUAAAGAAUGAAAUCCAUGAAAUUUAGAAUCUUAGCAAGCAAAUGUAAACCAGCGUACCCUCAUUGUUAAAUCAAUAUCAACUAUAUCACAGUUUUAAAAUGAAACAGCUGUAUUUGUUAUAUUUAUAUGCAACAGAAGAAACUCUCUUUACUCCAAAGCUUUUGUUGAAACUGACUUGAAUAAAACUUUGUGAUAUUGUAUCACUUUUUAGACCAGA